AAACAUUAGCCAUAGGACUGGAGGAGGUACGUUGCCAUCAGCGAGCUCCUUGUUUCUCAAUCACCAGGAUCUGGUUUCACACACCUGGCGUCUGUGCAUCCAAACAGUGUGCGCUGUUUGGCUCUACACCGUUUCUGUGAGUGCUGCUGUUGUUUUUACGAGGCAGUUUUUAUUCUGAAGGACACGAGAAUGGAUCUUAAAAAGUGGAAAUCAGGAAUUAGAUGAUAGAGGCUUGAAGGGAUGCCUGUGUCAUGGGCACAGAGCGCGAGGCGAACGAGAAGACAAGCAGGGAUUAUGAUGAUGCAUCUCAACCAGACGCUGCCAGUGUAAGUAUAAUAUAUCCUUUAAUGUAGUUAUUUUUCUAAAAGCACUAUUUUAAAUCCUUUUCUCACAUUUUAAUUUGCAAUAUAGCUGUUUUUCCAGAUUAAACCCUGGAGAUUUGAGUGGACAUCAAAGCCUUUAACACAUCUAUUGUCAUGUUGCUUGAUUGAAUGUGUAAAAUAAAUUAAACUUUUUUUUUCUUUUUCCCGUGGGAAUCUAUAUCCUGCUAACCUGUGAUGGAUUAAGUGCCGCUUGCACAGUAUGGGAUGACACUGAAUGAAUAAUAUAUGUGCAUUGGGUAACUCAAUGAGAGCCGAGCGCUGCAUCUGAAGUUGCUGUCAGGCGUUCUUCACAGGCUAAAGUGACCAGUAAUGAAGCGCCGUCACCAGUAGACACAUUGUUGGCAGAUCAACAGCUAAAUGUGAUGGUUUUGUUGUAACUUUAUGAUGUUUUCCAGUGCAUGAUGUGACUUUUUACUAGUUAAACACUUGCACAUCCAUGUCUCUGUGCAUUCUGGAUUGAUUAGCAUAUUGUUCAGCCUACUGUAAUCUAAACUAGCUGACCUGGAUAAGGUACAGUGAUAGGAGAAGAAUGGCAGAAGCAAGGUUAUGCCCUAUCGAUGUUUCUCCAGUAAUUUAACCUACUUAUGGUCCUCAAAGAGGGCUCUCUUGUUCCCUUUUGUCCUGAGGCCUCUAACAAACUCGGUGAGGGAUCUACAUUAUCAAGAGAUAUCAUGUCAGCAUCAUUAACCACAUCUCUAUUAGAAUCCACACAGAUUGAAGUGACAACUCCAAAGGGCAAAGUCAAAUGUACUGCUACCAUGAUGGGCACUUAGAUUGUGAAUGUGUCCCCCUCUUCUCCCUGGCUGCAGAUUGCAGAUGUGUCUGUGGAGUUGGCCACGGUUGACUACACUCUGCGGAAACUCUGCAGGAUGUACAGGAAGACCAGACGGAAGCCCAAGGGACUCCAGAGGCUGUUGGCCUAUCUGCUGAACAUCCCGCAUCUCGCCAUCAUCAUCACAGCGGUGGUGUUUGUGGUGGUGGUCAUCAUGUGGUCGCUGCUGUGGGUCUUCAUAUUUCGCAGGGAAAGCAACAGUGGAGCGUAUUUUGCCGGGAUGUUUCGCGUUGCCAACGUGGAGUUUAUCCCCGAGUACCGCCAGGCAGAGUCCCAUGAGUUUGUAUCCAUGGCAAACAAAAUACAACACGUGGUGAGCAAUGUGUACUUGGUGUCCCCAGUGGCCAGUCUCUACAAGCAAGCUGUCAUUUCAGACCUCAGUAACAACAACAAGGGCGGCGUGCUGGUUCAUUUCUGGAUGGUGUUUGUGGUCCCUCGACUGAAGAGCCCAGCAGUGUGUGAGGAGUGUGUGGGAGCCAUUUUCAGAGACUCAGUCCACACCAGUAUGAAGAACCGGUCCUCUGUGGGCUACCUGCUGGAUCUCCCUGUGGAUAUAGACUCCAUCCUCAUCAACACUGUUCAACGAUCAGAGUAUUCAUCAAAUGGAGCAAGCUCACUGUGUGUAGAUAAGCUGUAUGCCAACCUUCCUGGGGCGAGCGUACCUUUGAACGUGUUCUCGUCAUGGGGUGGCGUGAAUUGCCAUGUAAAACUCACCGCCGUCCCCGGCUCUCUGAUCCGUCUGACCGUCACAUCGUUCCUCAUUGAGCCCAGUGACUGUGUGAGUGAUGCCCUGACCGUGUACGACGCUCUGCUGCCCAUGAGAGGGCGCAUUCUGCACAGGCUGUGUGAGCCAGUGUCCAGCUCCUUCUCCCUGGUGUCUACUUCCAACGUCAUGCUGCUGUCCUUCAGAAUGACCAGUGGCACCAAGAGCUUCAGAGGACACUUUGAGGCCGUUGCUGAAAAAAAGUGUAUGUCUCAAAUUGAGACCCACUUACAGCCCCACAUCACUGGUCAAAUCUACAGCCCCUUCCACCCCAGCCUUCUGCCUCCACAGUGCUUCUGCACCUGGAAGUUUGAGACCCCUAACAGUGCUUUAGGAGUAGCUCUGCGCUUUCAGAACUAUGUGCUGAAACGAAAGGGCAUGAUGAAGGGCUGUGAACACGGCUGGUGGAGAGUCAAUGAAAUCAUUUUCUGUGGCAGCUACGUGGGACACCACACGGUGUUUCGGAUCGCCGACCACAGCCCAGAGGUGGAGUUUCGCUGCAGCUCACGUAACUCUGUUCAGCCCUUUCAGGCGUCUUACAGCAGCUACAAUAUCAGCCAGCCCUGUCCAGAGAGCCACUUCCUGUGCGCCACAGGACUGUGUGUGGAGAAGAGUCGACGCUGUGACGGCCUAGACGACUGCCAGGAUGAGAGUGACGAGGUCUUCUGCUCGAGGCCGACAAAGAACUGUGGUGGCAACAGUCCUCUGCAUCCUUUGUUUGUAUGUAACGGAGAGACGGACUGCACCAAUGGAAUAGAUGAGAUCAACUGCACUCAGGAAACAACCUGCUCUGCAAUCAGGUAUCAAUGCGACAGUGGCUCCUGCUUCCUGAAGAAGAACGCAAAGUGCGACGGCGUUCAUGACUGUCAGGACCACAGUGAUGAGGCUGACUGUGACUGUGGUCGUCCCUCCUUGGGGAAGAAGGUGGGUUCGUCUACAGGAUCGGAGCGUAUCGUGGGUGGAGAUAACUCUGUGGAGGGCGAGUGGCCCUGGCAGGUCAGCCUCCACUUCUCUGGUAACCUGUACUGCGGCGCUUCUGUCCUCUCCUCUGAUUGGCUCGUCUCAGCAGCACACUGCUUCAGUAAGGAAAGGCUGGCUGACCCACGUCACUGGAGCGCCCACCUCGGCAUGCUGACACAGGGCAGUGCCAAACACGUGGCGGAGAUCCAGCGGAUCGUGGUGCACGAGUAUUAUAACGCGUACACGUUCGACUAUGACAUCGCCCUGCUGCAGCUGAAGAAGCCCUGGCCUCCCUCCCUCAGCCCGCUGGUCCAGCCUGUGUGCCUGCCGCCCUCCUCCCACACUGUCACCGAGCGCCACCGCUGCUUGGUGACCGGGUGGGGGUACCGCUCUGAGGACGACAAAGUGCUGCCCUCGGUGCUGCAGAAAGCAGAGGUGUCCCUACUGAGCCAGACCGACUGUAAGAAGAGCUACGGACCCGUCUCUUCACGCAUGCUGUGUGCCGGGGUCCCCUCUGGAGAGAGGGACGCCUGCAGGGGGGAUUCAGGGGGUCCCCUGUCCUGUCAGGCACCGGGCGGGGGUCGCUGGUUCCUGAUUGGCAUCGUCAGCUGGGGGGCGGGCUGUGGCAGACCAAACCUGCCAGGGGUCUACACCAGGGUCAACAAGUUCACCUCUUGGAUCUACAGCCAUAUCAGCUGACAUGAUGAAACUCUGAUUCAUCCAGUGCCAGCACGUUUAAAUAUUCUAAACCGCUCACAUAAUAAAAGCAUCAUC